UGUUUUGAAUAAAAAGUAAAAAAAAAAAAAAAACCAACAUUUUCACUUUUGACUUUUUCACAACAGAAAAAGAUUCUUCUCUGUUUCCCAUUCUGUGUGUGAAAGAAAGAAGGCUACAUGAUAAAUUAAUGUUGCUCUUCUCAUGAAGCACUGAUCCAAAUGGGAGGUGGGGGGCGGCUCAGUUCUCACGCCAGCGGUGGUGACGGCCAUCAUGCAGCCAAGAAUCUCAUGGCGGAGAGGCGUCGCCGCGAGAAACUCAGUGGACGGCUUCUCGAACUCCGAUCAUUAGUCCCAAUUAUCACAAACAUGAACAAAGCAAGCAUAAUCACGGACGCAAUAACAUAUAUCAAGGAGUUGCAGAGGCACGCAGGGGAUCUCAGCGAUCAGCUUCUUGUUGCUGAUGAUGAUCGUGAAUCGGGAACCAAUACCAUCAUUUGUGAUGCUAAAGUACUACAAAAACAGAACAAGACAUUAACCGCCAUAUCUAAAGAUGCGGAACUGCAGUCGGAGGUGACAGUGGCUGAACUUGAAGGGAACAAGGUGUGGGUAAAGUUGGUGCAAAAGAAGGAAACUACAGGUUGCUUUUAUAAAUUGAUGGAUGCCAUUACCAUGGUUGCUCAUGGCUUCAACUUUUCAGACAUAACCAUGACUACCUGCCGAGGAACCAUGCUUUUUACUUGCUGUUUAAUUCCACAAGAAGGAGGACAACAACACACAAUUGACAUCCCAAAGAUUAGAGAUUUCUUGCAGGGGAUCAUUAAUCAAAACAAUUAA